UCCGGUCGAUAAAAAGCAUGCAGCAGGAGGUGGACACGCAACCAGGCUGCAGCUAGGCUUCAACCCUCCAGACAGAGUUUCUUCUCCCAGUACAACCCCUUGACGCACGACAUUGUCACAGUUGUCCCUGUCGUGCGGCGCAAUAUUGUCGACAUCCACACACAGUACCUGGGAUGGAACCAUCCGUCCAGAUGAUGCCUACUCUACCAGCACUGAUCCAGAGGAGGGAGCAUUUGCAAUCUGUCAUAAAUAACAUGGAGCACAGUAUCCGAACCAUGCUCACGUACACACGAGGCUUCCCAGACCACGCAUCGGCAGUAGAGUUGGAAAAGAUGCAUUUGGAGCUACACGGUCGCAAGACUCUCUUCUUUAGAUUGAACCAGGCUAUUCUGUCCUUGAACACCAAUGGAGCACUAGCGCAUCUUGAUACAACCACUGCUGCUGGCCAACCAGGUGUUGCGCAGGACGGCGGAGCAUUCCAGCAACCCUGGCCGCAGUCAGCUUCAAAUGGUCCUAGUCUAAAUUUUGCAACGAAUACUCGAGUUAACUGGCCAGCCACUGGUUCCAGUAUGGUUCCCACACCACAGCCACCCAUGAUACCGAACAGCACGCAACCCCCGCAUGUCACGGAGAUGAUAUCCAUCAUGAAGUCAGGAUCCAUUCUACUGCCACCUCAGACGCUCUCACAUGCUGUGGACACGGUCCAGAAUAUGAAACAAGUUUUCUCAUCAACAGGACUCACGGCAAUGCAACCGAUCGUAUUGUCAGACAAGCAGAGAAUGGAGUACGACCAGCUACUGGAUCUUGUUCACAAUAUGGCUCAGGACCUUGAUGCCAAGCUACCAGUGUAUUGGAUUCUUUUGAGAUCGGACGAUAUGAUCCGCAGGCUUGUUGCAAUCGUGUUAACUGUGGCACAUCAAAGGGCUAGUUGUUCAACGGGGUCAUCCCAGGUCAUAAUUGGGUUUUCUAUUCUACAGGGCAUGCUUAGCCAACUACAAAAGGCUACCCAGGAUUUCGAACAAAGGUACCAGAUGAUGGAAGCCACCAUCGCAUCGCAACAAAUGGGCGGUGGAAUUACUGCCUAUCCCCCCAAUCCGCAUCCCAGAUUUAACUGGGCUCAUUACUCGCUGCAGCCAAGACCCCGUCUCCGGCGGCACAUACGGAAACAUUUACAAAUGCAUAUACCAUGGACCAGACGGCGAUGUAGAUGUUGCCGUCAAAGCAAUUCGACCACAAUUUAUCAGUGAUGAGGUUUUUCGGAGAGAGCUUGGGAUUUGGAAGAGGUUGCGACAUUAUAGUAUUUUGAAGUUCAUGGGCACUACUUCGGACUUUGGCCCCUCUGUGGCUUUGGUUGCUCCGUGGAUAGCCAAUGGUACUCUGACGUCAUUUCUCAAGCAGAACAACAAAACCCUCGCGCUGAUCGAU